UUAAUAGCCAUGAAAAAGUAGCUGCUACUAGUAGCUCCGUGUGUCUUUACCCUUAGUGGCAAGUACAACCUGGAGUUUUGUAGCUGUUGCAGUUUAGCAGCAGGACAGCUACAGAUUCAAAGUCACUAUUUAGAAGGAUAUGGGAAGGAAAUAGAACAAGAGGCAGAAUUGUCUGGCAGCAGUUUUAAUGUGUAAUUAUAAUAUUUCCAUUUUGUUUAAAUGCAGAGAUUUAAAGCCAGGAAAUAUACUCAUAGAUCAAGCUGGCUAUUUAAAAAUCGCAGAUUUUGGCAUGGGCAAAACAGGUAAGAGGGCCUUGUAUAAUUAUCCAGCACAAAGUGGACUAAUUUACGGUUUACACUGGCAUUAAUGCCUCAAUAAAUAUCACUUACAAUUUGGCUUUUUUUUAAGGCAUUGGAUAUGGAGACAGAACAGGCACCAUACUUGGCACUCCAGCUUACAUGGCACCAGAGCUCGUGAAGGAGGAGCAAUACACAAGAGCUGUCGACUGGUGGGCUCUUGGAGUCAUCGUGUAUGAAAUGCUCCUUGGAACAAGACCCUUCACCGGAAAGGACAUCGACUACAUGUAUGAGUGGAUUGAGGAGGAUGAGCCACACUAUCCCGACUCCCUGGAACCACAAGCACUGAGCUUUAUAUCACAGCUCUUGAUGAAGAAUCCAGAGGAGCGACUGGGUUCUACCCAGGAUGAUGCAGAGGAUGUAGCUCAUCAUCCAUUCUUUAAUGUAAGUUCUCUGUCUCUAUUGUCAUAAUAAUUCUAAUAUCUUCUGGGAAAUACCCCUGGAUACUAUCUCAGCUUCUAAAAAUGGCCGUAAGGUGCCAUUUUCUGAAGAACUUUAAAUAACAAGCAUUUUUAUGGUACCUGUUU